UCUUUUUAAACUGCUUGCCACUUUUAUCGGGGGUUUGAACUGCUGCGUAUAAAUUUCACAUCCGAUUUUUAUGCAUAGAAACUCCCAGAAAAACCACGAUGCUAACAGAGGAACUCCAAAUCGAUUUGCUGCGCCAGGUAACAAACCCAUUUCUCUUUAGAGCCUUAAACUCCUAAUUCUUCAUCACUCUAAACCCUAAUUGCCAACACCUUUUUUUUUUUUGCCUUCUCGUUCUCGAUAUUCAAAUCUCAGAUCUUAGUUCCAUUAAGAUUUUCAUUCUUGUAGAUAGAAUUUCAGGCACUUUCUCUUGAUUUACUGAAAUAGAGAACUUGUAGUUUGAUUCUCGAGGUUUGUUCCUGGCUUGAUGAUCUAAUGUGUAUAAUUUAGCAGUUUUGGGUUGGGGUUGUUUUUAUCUGGGUCUCUUGAAAUUGGUGAGAUUUGAGUUGGAUUUUGUACUUUUCUGAUGAAAUUCUGGGUUUUUAAGGAAAUUCCAUGAUUGUUUGAGUUAAAUGGAGCUGUAGUGUAUAAUUCUGUGGAGGGAAAGUUGCUGUGGUAUUUUUAUCAUUGAAUGUUCUGAUAACUCGGCUUCAAGUAAAAAGUGGGAUUUGGAACAUUUUAGAGAGAAGAGUCCAAAGGUUUGUUGCAGAUGGGGAAGCCAUUGUUCUAUGAGAUCAUGGAAAAACCGGCUACUAGUUGUAUAAUAGGGAUAUGCAGUGCCAUAUGGUUCUAUAUACAGAAGAAAAACAUUGGGUACUCCCAUGUGGGUUUAAGUUAUGAAACUGCCAUUGAAGGGCACCAUUGGAGGAUAAUCACUUCAGCUUUUUCACAUAUUAGUGUUCUUCAUCUUGCUUUCAAUAUGAGCGCACUGUGGAGUCUUGGUGUAGUAGAACAGUUGGGGCACAUGGGCCUUGGUGUGGCAUAUUAUCUUCAAUACACACUUGUGCUAGUCGUCUUGUCUGGGUUAUUAGUAUUGGGAAUGUACCAUAUAUUGAUACAAAGAUUCAAGGUAGAUUACUUUCGUAGAGUGACAGCUGUUGGUUAUUCUUGUGUUGUUUUUGGGUGGAUGACAAUUCUUUCCGUGAAGCAACCCUCCUCAAAGUUGGAUCUUUUUGGAUUUCUUUCGCUACCCAUCAGCUUUGCACCUUUUGAGUCAUUAAUUUUUACGUCAAUUAUUGUUCCACAAGCAAGUUUUCUUGGUCAUUUAUCAGGAAUUAUUGUUGGGUAUAGUAUUGCAUGGGGUUUGAUUCAUGGGAUGAACAAUUUCUGGGCAAUCUCAAUGCUGGGAUGGAUUGUCGUCAUUUUUAUGUUCAGUUUGAAGCGAUCUGGUGCAUAUGAUUUUAACUUUCUUGAGAUUGAAUCUGUUACGGAUCCUUCAUUGCCUUCUGUACGAUUUCUUGGGAAUGGUAGAACCUUGCAGAUGAGUGCAUUACCACUUGAAGGUGUUGAAGUUGUUUAAACUCUGGUAAUGAUCUUAUUUCUUAGAAUUGUCUUGACUUCAUGAAGUUCCUUCCCAUAGGAUGUAUGUUUUUGACCUGAGUGGUUUGCUAGGUUAUCAGUUGUCACCCCCCCUAUGGUUUGUCUGUUGUAGUGCAGAUACUUCAUUAAUUCCCUUUUCAGAUUCCUUGGUCUUUUUGAUCUCAUUGUUUUGAUUUUGAAUAGCUGGCAUAUUGUUCAAACAAAUUUCCAGAAAUAAUAUAAAUGAAUAUAAGAUAUA